GUCACUCAGGUGACGAAGUUAAGGUCUUUGGGUAAGAAGUUGUCUCUGGCAGUGGUUUGGCGAUAACGAGUGUACGUCUGGUGAAGAAUCAUCGUGUGAUUUGUUGUGAAUAUUUCUGUACAAGGAGAAACGGAAGAUGAUUGUUAAGGUUUUAGUGUUUUCAUUCAUCCUUGGCUUUGUGAUGGGAAUGCCUGAUCAGGGAACGAAGACUGGCCACGAUUUUCUUGAACCCAAUGACGACGAUGAUGGAGAGUGGAAAGUUGUUGGAGAGUUGAUUUAUGACUUUAACGUGACUGCUGAUGACAGCAGCACAGAGGAAACCUUGCACGAUGCCAAUGACCCAAUGAUACUUUCAGAUGAAUUGUGCCACUCUCUUAUCAACGUUUACAGUGAUAUGCCUGAACACUUCGGCAGCACCCUGGCUGAUAUGAAACUGGACCAACCGUCUUUAUUCGGUUAUGCCAGGUGCUUUAGGACAAGGUAUGGCAUAAACUACAUUUGUCGAGGACCACUCUACAUAAACUACCGUGGCUACAGGUACUGCUGUGGCAACCCCAGUAGACUUCCUAUUCUUACAAGAAGGGGGUCCUUCAUCAGAUGCAGGUGCCCAUUUUAAGAUAGCUGGUGCAUAAAUUUAAUGUGUGAAGCAAUGUAAGCUCUUGUAAAUAAAGUUAGUAUUUAUAUCUUCACUAGCUUCUUAAAGCUCAAAUGGCUGUAUGGGUAAUAUAAAUAAAAUUAAGUUUUGGA